AACGCGCACGCGCGCUGGGGUACGGCCCGGGCCGAGCGCGCGGCACCACUGCGGGUGACUUAGCAUGCACAUACCCAUGCUCUGAAGUGCGGUCCCUCUACGGACAUGGCCCACCGGGGUGCGGAGAGGGACUUCCAGACUUCUGCGCGCCGCAUGGGCACCUCGCUGCUCUUCCAGCUUUCAGUGCACGAGAGGGAGCUGGACCUGGUUUUCCUGGAUCACAGCUAUGCCAAGCCAUGGAGUGCCCACCCAGAUGCCAGCAGUGCUCGCCCCACCCGCAUGCUCUUUGUUACUCCCCGGAGGCAGCAUGAAAGUACCAUUGAAUCGGACGUCCCGAUAGAUGUAGAGACAGUCACGUCGACUCCCGUGCCGCUCUAUGACAAUCAGAAGGCACGCAGCGUGAUGAACGAGUGUGAACGACAUGUCAUCUUUGCCAGGACCGAUGCGGAUGCCCCUCCCCCACCGGAGGACUGGGAGGAGCACGUCAACAGGACUGGAUGGACACUGGCCCAGAACAAGCUAUUCAACAAGAUCCUCAAAGCCUUGCAGUCUGACCGGCUUGCUCGCUUGGCCAACGAAGGGGCUUGCAAUGAGCCAGUGCUUCGCCGUGUUGCCGUGGACAAGUGUGCAAGGAGAGUGCGCCAGGCUCUGGCAAGCGUGAGCUGGGACACCAAGCUGAUCCAGUGGCUGCACACCACCCUAGUAGAGACCUUGAGUUUGCCCAUGCUGGCUGCCUACCUGGAUGCUUUGCAGACACUGAAAGGGAAGAUGUCUUCAGCCCGCUGUCUCCAGGAUGAGGUGUGGCACGUGAAAACCUUCAGCUUGUGGUUGAGUCAUAGCAAACUCCCUGGCUCUCCUCUGAUUCUCAUUGCCUCCUCCGGCCCCUCCAGCUCCGUGUUCCCCACCUCACGCCGCCACCGCUUCUGGCAGUCUCAGCUCUCCUGCUUGGGCAAGGUCAUCCCUGUAGCUACCCAUCUGCUGAACAACGGCAGUGGGGUCGGCGUCCUACAGUGUCUUGAGCACAUGAUCGGGGCCGUGAGAAGCAAAGUGCUGGAGAUUCACAGCCAUUUCCCGCACAAACCCAUUAUCUUGAUUGGCUGGAAUACAGGAGCUUUGGUGGCCUGUCACGUGUCAGUAAUGGAGUACAUCACUGCGGUUGUCUGCCUUGGGUUCCCUCUGCUGACCGUGGAUGGCCCCAGAGGGGAUGUGGAUGAUCCCCUCUUGGAUAUGAAGACUCCAGUCCUCUUUGUCAUUGGUCAGAAUUCCCUGCAGUGCCACCCGGAAGCCAUGGAGGACUUCCGGGAGAAGAUCCGGGCUGAGAACAGCCUGGUGGUGGUCGGGGGAGCUGAUGAUAACCUCAGAAUAAGCAAAGCAAAGAAGAAAUCAGAAGGGUUGACUCAGAGCAUGGUGGACAGGUGUAUUCAGGACGAGAUAGUGGACUUUCUGACUGGAGUACUUACCCGUGCUGAAGGGCACGUGGGCUCCGAGCCCCGGGAUCAGGAUGCGGAGAAGAAGAAGAAACCCCGUGACGCAGCCCGCAGAGACCUGGCCUUUGAAGCCCCUGAGCGGGGCAGUCGACCUGCGUCCCCAGCUGCCAAGCUGCCCGCCUCACCCUCGGGCUCGGAGGAUCUCUCCAGUGUGUCCAGCAGCCCCACCUCCAGCCCCAAGACCAAAGUGACCCCAGUGACCUCUGCCCAGAAGUCCAGCCAGGUGGGGAGCUCUCAGUUGCUCAAGAGACACAUGCAGCGGACAGAAGCUGUGCUGACCCACAGACAAGCCCAAGCACAGUUUGCUGCUUUUCUGAAACAAAGCAUGCUGGUGAGGAGAGCUGUCCCUCCCGGCUCCUCCUCCUGUCUCUUCGUUCCCAUUUCAUCAGAACAAACGGAGGAAGCAGAGAAAGAUGAUCUCAGGGUGCAGCUGAAGCGGCACCAUCCCUCCAGCCCUCUUCCUGGCAGUAAGGCCUCCAAGCGACCGAAGAUCAAGGUGUCCCUUCUCUCCCAUGGGGACACAGGCGGAGGUCCAUGUGCUCCUUCCCAGGGAGGAGCCGCAGAAGUGUCAGGAGGGAAGCCCAUCACCAUGACCUUGGGGCAGGCGUCAGGGGCCAAGGAGCUCACGGGGCUUCUCACCACAGCCAAGUCUAGUGCUUCUUCUGAAGGGGGGCUCUCAGGCAGCCCCGCCUCCUCAGCGGUCUCCAGCAGCCCUGCGCCCAGCGCUUUGCACACGCUCCAGAGCCGCUUGGUGGCCACCUCUCCAGGCACUUCCCUUCCAGGGGCCACAUCGGCCAGCAGCCUCCUCCAAGGCCUCAGCUUCAGCUUGCAGGACAUCAGCAGCAAGACCUCUGGCCUCCCAGCAAACCCCUCCCCAGGGCCAGCCCCACAGGCCGCCAGUAUGAAGUUGCCCACCCCCAUGCAGAGCCUGGGUGCCAUCACCACGGGCGCCGGCACUAUCGUCCGAACCAUUCCUGUGGCCCCCACUCUCUCCUCCUUGGGUGCCACUCCUGGUGGGAAGCCCACAGCCAUCCACCAGCUGCUGACCAAUGGGGGCCUCGCCAAGUUGGCAAGCAGCCUCCCUGGCCUGGCCCAGAUCUCUAACCAAGCAUCAGGCUUGAAGGUUCCAACCACCAUCACACUGACGCUGCGUGGCCAGCCGAGUAGGAUCACCACGCUGAGCCCCGUGGGCUCAGGCGCUGCCCGUUCAGAGGAGCCCGCCUCCCAGCCUCUGCCCUCUGGCUCACAGCGCCUGCCUCCAGCGCCCUGAAGGUGCCUGCGAUAUGCCCCCUCUACCAGGUUGGUGAUGGUUGCCUGGCGGUGUGCCGUAGGCACAUGUGCUGUCCUGCUGAGCUGUCUGCCUACUGAAGACCUCUUUCAGAUAAGUCAUUUUUGCCUCCCUGUCAACUGUCUUCAGGGUUGGGCCUCUGGAUCUCGUGAAACCAUCAGGCUAGGUGAUACGAUGCCAGCAAGGGAGCACCGCCCUCCCGGAUCUACAAGUCUGGUCCCCAGACCCCCAGCUGCCUCAGCAGAUUUGACCGUGCAUGGAUCAGAGGCACUUCCUCCCCCUCAUUCGCUGUGACUUGACCCAAGUGUCAGUGUUGGACUGCUCACUGCCUUUAAUAAAGGAGUUUCCAUUUGGAAGUCUGUGCUACCUGCGUGCCAAGUUGGGAGGAGAAGUCCGUGUGCUCUGGGCUGUGGGAGUCAGGACUGAGAGCUCUUUGCUGAGGACCAGGUGUUCAGGCCAGAGGGCUUGUUUUGGACAUCCGUUGCCUUCACUCAGCAGUCAUGGGAGAACGGGCCCCAUGCAACCCCCUCUUAGAAACCACAGCAAAUACUGAGCUGAGACCUGGGAACUCCAGUUUUCACAUCAGGCAAAGUGAACUGGGCUGCAGUCUCCUGGCCCUUUUGGCCGCCCUGGGUGUGGGGAUCAGUAGCGCCAGGAGGUAAAAACUGGUCCCUUCUUCUCACCGUGCUUUGGGGAGUUCUGUAUGCAGAGGGCCUGCAGGUCCAGAAAGGCCAGAGAAGAGGAAAGGAGCAGUAACUGAAGCAGCUUGAAGGUCCUGUGGUGGGAUGAUUUGCGCUUGGGGCUUUGCCUGUAACACCGUGGUGUUUAAACCAAAGGAACAGUUCAUUCAGCGGGAUGCGAGAGGUAGAAUUUGCCACGUCAGAGGGAAGAAGCCCCAGCCCUUGAGAUUUCUGUCUCCAGUGACUGGAAAUGAAGCAGGUAUAACCAGCUAAGCUCACAUCUUGGCCGUCCCAGAAAGCUUGGGGAUCGAGACCCCAAAGGCCAUGUUCAGUGUUCUGUUUCUAUUCCACGUGACUUUUUCUUCCUGCUCGGAGGUGGGAAGAUUACUGGCAGUGCUUCUCCUUCGCAGAGCUCUUGGUACCAGCCUGAGCCUGGAGAUAGAGGUCCCUGGAGAAGUGGUCGUGAAGAUGGUUCUCCGAGCCCUCCCUCCUCCUCAUAGCACCUGUCUGCAUACUCAGUCUUAGGUUUGGCUUAGGACUGGUCCUCCAGAGCACAUGCAAGGUGAUAAGACAAACCAAGUGUGACUCUCCCGUGUCCUUUUCUGCAGGUGGGGAGGGCCCACAGCCUGCCGUGGCUGGAAUUGCAGCUGGGCUCCUGUCCCACAGUGCUGUGUGUCUGAGCCAGGUCACCUGCACGGGCAGCCAGGAGGGAGCUCAUCUCUGCAGGAGUCUCGGACGAGACAGACUGGUUGCUGCAGGCAGGGACGGCGAGAAUGUGUGUGAUGGGAGAGGAUUGGGCUCCCUAAACACCAUACCAUUGCUCCUCAGCAGUCACUCACACAGAAAAUUAGGCUGCAUGUUUGUGUUAGCUAGUAGGUACCUGCUUUCUGAAACUCAGGAGGUGUGUAGUAAAUUGGAGAAAGGUAUGAAAUCUGAAGGAGGCUUCCAGGGCUCGGGUUCGACAGCUUUGCAGGUAGGACAGUAGCACACCAGCAGGAACGAGAAUGGUAUUGGGCUCUGUGAAGAUUGUAGGAAUCAGGACAGGCAGAGGGCCCUGCAGCGCCCAUUCCUGAAAGUGCAGCCUGGGCAGUGCAGAGAGGCAUGUGCCAAGGCCAGAGGAAACCACAAAUGUCCUGCCUUUGUGGAGAAACCUAGUACUCUUCCCAUCGACGCCUCCUGAGCCUGGGCUGUACUGCUCAGAGUGCUGAAAUAAAGUACUCUGCGUUCACACAGUGGACCUGGAGCCCAUGACCUCAGGAGGCGAUACUGCUGGUGGAAAACUUUUGUUCAAGGAUCAGAAAGGUUUUCGUUUAAUUCCUGGCUGACAGAUGCACGUUGAUGCCCCAUGGAAGGCGUCCUUGGGCUUUGAGAAGAGGUCAGUGAAGGGGAAAGACCUUUGGUGCCCCCCGCGGCCCCGCCACUAGGACAGUCUCGGGCUGGAUGGGCUCUGGAGCAGAGCUGUGCAAGAGUUCCGUUCUUACACUGGCAAAAACGAUUUAAAAAAAAAUAAAGCCAGCCUUUGGAUUGCUUCAGCUUGUUUUCCAUUGACUUCUCUCAUGUUUGUCCUAGUAAUAAACCCAGUGAAGCUGGCACAGAAAGGAAAGCUAACAUAGGGUGGCUGGCGGUUGCCUUAUUGGUGGCACACAUUCAUUUAACCCUGUGAGGUGGGUGCUGUAGUUACCUUUUUACAGGUGAAGGAACUGAGGCACAGAGAAGUCACACAGAAAGUGGCGGAAGCAGACGAGAACCCAGGCUGCCUGGUGCCCAGUACCUGUUUAUCCUUGGCACUGUGCUGGGGUUCUGAGGCGAAGGUCUGACAUGGAGAUUAGCCCAGGAGGUGAGGCGCUGGUGGCUUGGCCAACAUGUGACCCUUGUCAGUUGGGCUUCCACCAGGCCUGGAAUAAUUGCUACUGGCAUGUGGGGCUCUGGCUGGGCCUGCAGUAGCUGGGGCUCCUUGACCUCGGCCCUUUUGCACAUCCUAUACCACCACCAAAAAUAAAGACUUAGGGACGAAUGAAUGAAUUCCAACAUCCAGAUUAUUCGUGAACUUGUAUCCAAGUGGACUUUCCUUCCAGUCCUUCAAUUCCAGGUCCCCACACUUGGCAUUGGAACCCUCUCGGGGGAGGCCAUGGUUUGGCUAGAGUGCUUGGGAGCGUCUAGCGCACCUGGGCACAUCUCCAUCUCCCUUAGCGUGGUACCUGAUGUACUCUCUCCCUCUCAGCUCUAGUCUCCGACUGCGUGAGUCAGGUGAGAUGAGAGAUGAGGAAGAGAUUGCUUAAAAUGACAGCUUUCUUAAACCUAGGAGUGUGAGAGACAGGGCCAUAGCAAGUGUGGAGGCACACAAGUCUUUGUUAUCUUUUCAUCUCUUUUUCUAAGCGUAUGUUUUGGUCAGGAUCGUUGUAAGAAGCAGAAACCCAUUCACCACCAAAACAGCUCUGAAAGCGAGUAUUCUCUCAAUAGGCAUUCUCCGUUUCUGCCACUUACCUCACGACCUUAGCUGGCUCAGCGUUGCCAGGACUUUUCAGCUGCAGAGCCCUCCAGGGACAGCACGUCCUUGUCUUUCGGUUCAAAUUCUGAAGACAGUAAGCCUGGUUGGCACAGUCCCACUCCUGGGUUGUUGUCCCCUCCCACCCCAUCUAAUAGUUUCUGGAGGAUGGAGUCAUGCUGUUCAUAUUAUUAUUCUUUCCAAGAAAAGAGUAGAAGGGUUAAAAAAGAAAACAAAAUUGUGCAGAGCUGUUAGGAUGUGUGGUUUUUUAAAAAAACUUUUUGUUUUGAAAUUUGCGGGUAGUUGCAAAGAUAGCACAGAGAGGCCUCAUGUACCCCUCACCCAGUUUCCCCCAGCGGU